UCAAUCUGUUGAUUUGGUUUGACACGGUUUUUUUGAAUAGCCCUAAUUUUACAUAGAUUUUCUCAAAAGUUUGUUGUCAAACUUGUGUUUUCAAAUGCUUGCCUGUUUUGCUUAGCAUGGUCAAGUCUGAAUUCGUGUCAAACCAGUGAAAGGAAAUGCACACCGUGUAUCUGUGUAUGUCAUUAGGAACCUCCUAUUUCUCGGUACGGGUUUAUUGAGAAGUUCUAACGGAGGCCUAUUAACUGUGUAUUAAGAAUUCUUUCUGGGCUAGAUUGAUUUUCUUUCUAGAAUAAUUUAAUAAAAGUUGAUCAAGUAACCAAAUUUUGGACGCCAACCCAACCAACCAAACCCCACAGCCUCCUCACUUUCUCACGACAGGAUUGCUCACUGGUAUUGUAUUGGUUCCUCGGCCAGUAGCCUACCUCAACCCAUAUGACCUUAUCAAAAUGUGCAGAAAAUAUCAAUAUCAAAAGCAAGAUGGAUUUACGUAUGAACUCUUUCAAACAGGAAUCAUCACCUGUCUUUAUCAUGUUGAAACAUUUUGUUAAACCAGAACAACUAAUUUUCUAAUUCCAUGUCUAAACUCUUCCUAUAUAAAUGUCUCUGCUUUCGAAAGGAGUGUACAGAUUUCCAUUUCAUUGCCAUUCAUCUGCCUCCAAGUUAACAAUACUCUACGGCUUCACUUGCAGGUUUUGUUCUUCAGUAGUGUAAUCCAAUGGAAGUUGUGGAAAAUAAGAAGUUUGACGUUUGUGUAAAGCAAUUCGAACCAACACUGGUUCCUCCAGCGGAAGAGACGCAGAAGGGUCUAUAUUUCCUCUCAAAUCUGGACCAGAACAUUGCAGUCAUUGUUCAGACCAUUUACUGCUUCAAAUCAGAUAUAAAAGGAAUUGAGGAAGCUGUGGAGGUUAUCAAGAAUGCCUUGUCAAGAGUUCUUGUACACUACUACCCGGCUGCAGGGCGGCUCACAAUUAGCUCAGGAGGAAAGCUGAUAGUGGAUUGCACUGGUGAGGGUGCUGUCUUUGUUGAGGCUGAAGCAAAUUGUACAAUUGAUGCGAUCGGAGAUAUAACAAAACCGGAUCCUGUCAUUCUUGGAAAGUUGGUUUAUGACAUUCCUGGUGCACAGAACAUACUUCAGAUACCUCCGCUGGUGGCCCAGGUAACUAGGUUCAAAUGUGGAGGAUUUGUUCUGGGGUUGGGCAUGAACCAUUGCUUGUUUGAUGGUAUUGGUGCUAUGGAGUUUGUAAAUUCAUGGAGCGAAACCGCAAGGGGCUUGCCUCUAAAAGUCCCUCCAUUUCUUGACAGGAGGAUACUCAAAGCCCGAAACCCCCCCAACGUCGAGUUCCCACACCAUGAAUUUGCUGAGAUAGAGGACAUAUCUGAAACAAGCAAGGUUUACAAAGAGGAAAUGCGAUAUAGUUCCUUCUGUUUCGAGCCAGAGAAGCUUGAACGACUGAAGAAAAAGGCAAUGAAAGAUGGAGUUUUAACCAAGUGCACUACAUUUGAGGCCCUCUCGGCCUUUGUGUGGCGCGCUCGAUGCAAGGCAUUAAGAAUGAGGCCUGAUCAACAGACUAAACUACUCUUUGCAGUCGAUGGACGGUCUAAAUUUGUGCCACCACUUCCUGAAGGUUACUCUGGCAAUGGAAUUGUGUUAACAAAUUCACUUUGCAGUGCUGGUGAGUUGCUAGAGAACUCCAUGUCCUAUGCAGUUGGGCUGGUACAAGAAGCAGUGAAUGUGGUUACAGACAGUUAUAUGAGAUCCGCGAUCGACUAUUUUGAGAUGACAAGAGCUAGGCCUUCUUUAUCUGCUACUCUUCUGAUUACUACAUGGUCUAGGCUAUCAUUCCACAGUACAGAUUUCGGAUGGGGAGAACCAGUUUUUUCAGGUCCUGUUGCAUUGCCUGAGAAGGAAGUGAUUAUGUUCCUCUCCCAUGGAAAAGAAAGGAAAAGCAUAAAUGUGCUUCUGGGUCUUCCAGCUUCUGCUAUGAAAACUUUUGAAGAACUAAUGCAGAUAUGAAACAUUAUAGGCCGACUCAAUCUUAUGGCCAACGGAACGAUCACACUUCCUUACCCGCGUGAGUUGGAUCCAUAUCCAAAUCCAUCAUAACAAAUUGAAUACUUGAUUACAUUUUUCUAUUUAAUUUAAGAUACACCAACAAUAAGUCCUCUU